AUGAGGCAACCUGUAGCAGCCACCUGCCGCGCAGACUCCGGGUACUUCACCGCCGCUAACAGGUACUGCACAGCGGCGCUCGCCUCGUGGAAGAAAAGGGUGAACGCAUCAAGGACGAUCGCCUCGGCUCUGCUCCCCUCGCACUUCAUGAUGCUGUCCAGGACGGCACACUGUGACGAGCAGCCGUCCACGCCGGAACAGCCUCCGGCGCCCUCGCCAUACGACCUGCUCGUAUUCGAAAACCUGGCCAGAGAGUUCAAGAACGUUAUGACGCAGGACAACUACGACGGGUUCAGACUGGAGGCGGACAGGCAGAUCACGGACAACAUCCAGGCCAGCCAUUCCCUAUUCCUGGGGACAGUCAUGAGCGAUGUUGGGUACCUCUACCAGAUAGGCGCGAACUAUGCGAGCCCAGACGGCAACCUCCUCGCCUUGGCCAAAAUCGGCCUUGACGGCAUAAUCACGGCCAGGGCGUUCGCGAAGCACGGGGACAACAUCGAAGUCAAGCUCAACGGCAACAGCUUCCUCAAAUACGACCCGCGCAACGCCUACGAGGCCGGCGUCGACUACAUGGGGCGAGGUUGGACGGCCUCACUCAAGGCGGCAUGGCAAGGCACCUGGAUACUGAACGCCGCAUACACGCAGCAGGUAAUGCCGAAGUUGACGCUUGGAUCGGAACUUACUUACAUCGUGAGUUGCACGCACCGAAACCUCUCAAAACCCGUGAAGGUCGCCAACAGCUCAUCCAUAGGAGCAAUCGCAGCGAGAUACGUGGAUGGAGACCACAUCGUCACAUGUGAGCUCGCAGACAGGCCACCUCAUCAGCGCGCAGGCCAGUGGACGAAGCAGCCCAACUUCAAGAGCAUGGACUUCACCAUGCAGGAUACGGACACGGCGAGGGUGCAGUACGUCAGGCGCGUCAACGAGCGACUGGCACUCGCCACUGAGCUGGAAGUAACGCCGGCCACGAGGGAGUCGGCGCUGCGCAUGGGCUGGGAGUACCUAUUCCGCCACGCGCGAGUACAGGGCAACAUCGAUUCAUGUGGGCGCAUUGCGAUGCAAGCGCAGGACUACUCAGGAUUCGGAGUCAGCGGAUGCAUCGACUACUGGAACAACGUAUACAGAUUCGGCUUCAUGAUGCACCUGCUGCCGCCGCAGCCCGAACCCAAGCAAGAUCAGCAAGUGGCCUUCUGA